UCAAACGUUGAAUGUGAGAAUGAAUUCUAUUCUUCCAGUCUUUCUCUUGUUCUCUUCUCUAACCCUUCUCUCCAUUGCUAGUGCUCAGGAAAGAGCUCCUCAUGGACUAGCCAGAGAGAACCCAAUGGCGUUUUCGCCGACGGCGUAUGACUUCUUUCAUCCCAAUGCAAGAAAUCCGGUUGGUAAAGACCCUUGUGUUGCUUCCAAUUGCUCGCCAUUUCCUAUUGCAGCCCAUGUCGAAGCAACUGAAGGUCAUGAGAGUAUGUUUUCUGGAUCACAGAAUGGGAAGAAAGGGGUCGGAGCUGGUGGCAUUGUCGGCAUUGUGUUCGGUCUAGGAUUUGUGGUGUUUCUGGCGAUGGGCGUUUACUAUGUGAUUGUCGCACGCAGAACACAAAUGACGAGGGCUAAUACUGUUAAACCUGAUGUAUGAGGCUUCAUAGCUUGGAGAUGAAGCCAUCUACUACACCACCCAAUCAGAUUAUGUAGUGUGUAUUUAUAAUUCAUUAUGUAGUUGCAUGGUAUUUAACUAUUUAUGAGUAUGACUAAUGAAAAUCAUUACUAGUAUGCUCAA